GCACGUAACGUAACACUGUGUUUCGGCCUAAUGGUAAGUAUGGUCAUUAAACAAGAAAAAGUAUAUUCAUUGGCACUGGCAUCUGUUGUCAUCUCCAUUUCAAAAAUUCUGGACUGCAAAAAAUGCAUUGCAUUUUUUCAUUACAUUAUCGAUUAAUAAAUCGGCCUAAUAAUUAUCAAUAAAUCUGACAAAAGUGACACGUUGUCUGGUAGAGUUGUAAAAUUUUGGAGGAAUUGCAUAAAAAUAAGAGUGCCGGAUUAGAAAAAUAAUAUGGACGCUGAUGCUGAAUCUUGUUUAAACGAUUGGAAUGAUUUGGCGCGAGAUUACAAAGAACUUGAGGCAUUAAAUAGAGAAUAUCUUUCGAAGUUGGAACAAGUCGUUGAACUCCAAGCAAAAUGUUUAAAAGGAAUAUCGCACCAGAAGUAUCAAAUGGGCGUCAUUUCAAAAUCUCUUAAAAACUUGCAGGCAAGCGAAGCACGUGACGCUCUGGAUAAGGAUAUAAUGAAACGAGAUCAGCAGUUACAUGACAUGGAGCAAAUAUUACCAAAACCAAAUGGUACUUAUCUGAAAAUUAUCUUAGGAAACGUUAAUGUUUCAAUAUUGAACAAAAACGAUAAAUUCAAGUAUAAAGAUGAAUACGAAAAGUUUAAACUUGUACUUUCUGUUAUUGGCUUUGUUUUAUCAGUUAUCAAUCUCCUCACCAGUAUAAGAACUUUGGAGUUAAGUUUUAUGUUUUUGCUAGUCUGGUAUUAUUGUACUUUGACAAUAAGAGAGAGUAUACUUAAAGUUAAUGGAUCAAGGAUCAAAGGUUGGUGGCGCUUUCAUCAUUUUUUAUCGACCGUCGUGUCAGGCGUUCUUUUAGUUUGGCCUAAUACUGGAGCUUGGUACUCAUUCCGUGGUCAAUUUAUGUGGUUUAAUGUAUAUAUUAGUGUAGUACAAUUUCUUCAAUUUCGAUAUCAACGGGGAGUUCUUUAUCGAUUAAAGGCAUUGGGUGAAAGACACAAUAUGGACAUAACGAUAGAAGGCUUUCAUUCAUGGAUGUGGCGAGGACUGUCGUUCCUUCUGCCAUUCCUUUUUAUGGGCUACGUCUUUCAACUCUACAAUGCUUACACGUUAUAUACUCUGUCCUCACAUUCGGAAGCCACUUGGCACGUUCCAGUUCUUAGUUUAAUGUUUCUCGUAUUAUUUUUAGGAAAUAUAAUAACAACAAUUAUGGUGAUCCCUCAAAAAUUACAGGAUAGAUUCAGAGACCAUUUACAAAGUGUUUUUGUUUCAAAGGUUCAAGAACGCAAGAAAGAUCAUGUUUUAAAUGAAGAGACAGAUACUGAAAAAAGAGACUAAAUUAUCAACAUUUUUAAAACUGUAAUAACGUAACAUACUUUAAAUGAAAAAUACAGAUUUUGGUAGUGACAAAAGCCAAAAAAUGUACAAACUAUAUAUGAGUGGUUUUUUUCGUUAUCCAAAGAUCGCGCCAAAUAUUUCUUCUUAAUUUCUUACUUUUUGUAAAACACUCAAAAAAAAUCACACUUAUUGCUUUUAAAUAAUAAUUUAAACACUUUUAAUGUCUCAUUUCUUUAAAAAGUUUGAAAUUUUAUAAGCAGAAAUUAAUCAACUUAGAAGAUAAUCCCCUUUUCAUUACAUAUUGUAUUUUAAAUAUCGUAACGUUUUGAAUGCAAAUUAGAUAACGGCGCAUGAAGAAACUACAAAGAUGAUUUCAUUAGUAUUUUUUGGUGAUAUAAUUUUAUUUGAUAAAAUUUUCCCUUUUCAGAAUUAUUGUAUAGACGAAUUUCUACUUAAAAGAAUUUUUAUGUAAUUUAAAUUAGAGUAAACUUUGAAUUAGAAGAAUUUUUAUUUAACUCUAUAUUUAUUUAAAAGAUUUAUUUAAAAUAAUUUUUAUUUUGCGCUGAAUUUUCAAAUUCUAGAAUUUCCAAUUCAGCAAAUUUUUUUUAUUUUGAUGAAUUCCAGCACAAAUUUUGAAAAUUAAUUAAUUAACAAUUAAUGUGUUUUAAUCGUUUCUGAUUGAUCAAUUUUAAAAUUUAUAGAAAUCGUUGAAUUCCAUGAAUUCAACGAUCAAAUUCAUGGAAAUGGGAAUUCAGAAAAUUGAAAAUUUGGUUUCAUUCUGUUAAGUAGAAAUGCAGUUGGCAUUUUGAUUGAACGAAAAUUUUGCCAAAGUCCUGUAACCAGAAAAUUCUAACAAAUGACCGUUUGGGGCUUAAACAGGCGCCUCUAUAAACCAAACUUUUAGUUUCAGAUUUAAUAUGAAUUUUAUAUAAUUCUUCUUUAAUUUUCUCUAAAGAAAAUAAAGAGAUGCAUUUUUUAUUUUCGAAAUGUUUAUUUUUACAAAGAUUGACAUUGUUAUAAACAAGUACAUUUUGACAAAAAUAAAGCAUUAUGUGUAACUUCUAA